UUGCCGCCAGAGGGCCCUGGCAAUUGUGCAGAGCUCUUUUCCCUUCUCUCUCUCUCUCUCUCUUUUUUUUAAUUCCUUCCUUCCUUCCCUUUUUUUUUUUUUUUUUUUUUUUUAACUCUCUUGUUGCCCAGGAUAUUGGAGGGGCUGGGCUUGCGGCCACCGCUCCCUGUGGCCCUCGCACCCCGGGGGGGACACCCAGCCCCCUGCCCCUCUGUGCUGUGUUUUGGGGGGAAAAGAAGGGUUUUUUUUCAAGGCAGGGUGGGGGGCAGAAAGUGGGGCACCUCCAGGCUUUGUCGCCAGCACCUCCCGAGCCGGAGACCACAGCAGGAUGGAAAAACCACCCAGGAAAAUAAAUGAAGCAGGAUGAACUGCCAGGGAAAAAAAAAAUGUAGGAGGGAUCCGCGGUGUGCGCCUGAAAUCGCCCUUUUAUUCCUGACAUCAGGGGGGGCUCGCGACGCCAGCCAUGGAGCACUAUGUGCUGCUGGACCCGCGACAGCGAGCGCUGUAUCGCGACGUGAUGCAGGAGAGCUACGAGACGCUGAUGGCGCUGGAAUUCCCUGUUUCCAAGCCCAACCUGCUGUCCCGCCUGGCCCACGAGGAUGAACCAACAGCCCUGGAUCUCCACGUACCCAAGGAUGCCCCGUCUGGAGGUGAGCCCCCGCAUUGUGCCUUGAUCGUGGCACAAAAAAGCUUGGGGUUGGCUCCUGCUGGUGGCUUUCCCCUACCUGUGGACAUCUCCGUUUUGGGGAGAAAGAUGCUGGGAUGGCCAGACUGCAAUGCCAGUGGGAUGUCCUGGACGAAAUGGAAAUGCCAAAGCCCCUUUGCAGUCAGCCAAGAGGAAGAGGCGUUUUUUGGGUGGCCCAGAGAGAAAUGGCGGUGCGGUGGAGGUGACAGUGAUUUAAUUACUGCAUUAAUGCUGGUGGCAGGGGGGUGGGAUGGGGAUCAGCUCCCAUGGAGAUGCUUCCCCAGAAGAAGGUGUGAAAUAAAACGAGGAGGAAUCCCUCCCUGCCCUCCAUUUCAUCUCCCCAGCCCCGGCAGAGACAAAAUCUCCUGCCUGGGUCGUGUCUGUCUUUCCCUGUGCCCCACAGAGGACGGAGCACGAGCGGAGCAGGAACCCACCCGAGAAGAAACUGCUGAGAAAGAGCCCGAAGCAACAAAACCCACGGGUGAGGAGCAUCCCUCGAGCCCGGCCGAGGCCGCGGCAAAGGCGGGCAGGAGCGGGGAAGCGCCGCUGCCGCAGCGGGACCCCCAGCCCGGCAACACGUGCGGCGAGUGCGGCAAGAGCUUCAGCCACAAGUCGGCCCUGGUGAAACACCAAAAAAUCCACAGCGGCGACCGCCCGCACGAGUGCCCGGACUGCGGCAAGGGCUUCAUCCAGCGCUCCGACCUCACCAUCCACCAGCGGGUCCACACGGGCGAGCGGCCCUACGCCUGCCCCGACUGCGGCCGCCGCUUCAGCGUCAGCUCCUCGCUGCUCACCCACCAGCGCACCCACGCUCCCGGCGGGGAAAAACCCAACCGGUGCCCCCAGUGCGGCCGCAGCUUCGCCGACCCGGGGGCUCUCGACCGGCACCAGAAGAGCCACCUGGGUGGGAAGCCCUACGAGUGCGGGGUGUGCGGGAAAGCCUUCGCCUGGAGCUCCCACCUCGAGCGCCACCGGCGCAUCCACACGGGCGAGAAGCCCUUCCAGUGCGCCGAGUGCGGGCGAGCCUUCGCUUGGAGCUCCCACCUCGACCGCCACAUGCGCACCCACGCCGCCGCCGCCGCCUCCGAGGAGGAGGAGGACGGCGAGGAGGAGGAGGAAGAGGCCCCGCCGCCGCCCCCCCCAGAAAUGCGCCGACUGCGGCAAGCGCCUCAACCACCAGACGGACCCGCAGCGCUUCAAGCACAAGGGCACCCAGACGCCGCCGGCCGGGGACGAGCCCGCCGGCAGCCCCCCGCGGCCCCACCGCUGCGAGCAGUGCGGCAAAAGCUUCGGCCACAGCUCCAACCUCCUCAAGCACCAGCGCGUCCACACCGGCGAGCGGCCCUACCCCUGCCCGGAUUGCAAACGCUGCUUCCGUUGGGGCUCGGCCCUGGCCAAGCACCAGCGCACGCACGCCCGGCAGCAGCAAAGCGGCGAGGCUGCCAAACCGUGCGCCGAGGAAAGCGGCGCUGGAGGAAAACCCUACCCGUGCGGGGCUUGCGGCAAGAGUUUCGGCUGGGUCUCGCACCUGGAGCGCCAUCGGCGCAUCCACACCGGGGAGAAACCUUUCUGCUGCGGGGAAUGCGGGCGAGCCUUCGCCGUCAGCUCCCACCUGGAGCGGCACCGGCGGGUGCACACGGGCGAGCGGCCGUACCGCUGCGGCGACUGCGGCAAGAGCUUCGCCGUCAGCUCCACUUUGAUGGCCCACCGCCGCACCCACGCCGCCCAACCGGGCCGGCCCCACGCCUGCCCCGAGUGCGGGAAGGGGUUCAGCACCCCGGCCAGCUUGGAGAGGCACCGGCGGCUCCACCGCGGCGAGAAACCCUACCAGUGCGGCGUCUGCGGCAAGGGUUUCGCUUGGAGCUCCCACUACGACCGGCACCGGCUCACCCACACCGGCGAGAAGCCCUUCUCCUGCGCCCACUGCGGCAAGUGCUUCGGCCGCAGCUCGCACCGCAACCGGCACCAGCGGGCCCAUGCCCAGGGCGGCCCCGAGAAGCGCCAUGUCUGCCCCGAGUGCGGCAAAGCCUUCGGCCUCGCCACCGCCCUGGCUGCUCACCAGCGACUGCAUGCCACCGGCAGCGGGGGCCUCAGCAGCCUCUCCUUGCUGCCGCCCUCGUGGUGGGAAGGAGAGAGGCCGGGGGGCACGCCGACACCCCCCGAGCUCUGGCCGGAGGAGACCGGCUCCAUUUUCCAGCAGCACCCAGUGCCUUCCUCCUCCUCCUCCUCUUCCUCCUCCUCCACGGCCCCCAGGGGCUGGGCUGCCAAAGCUCUCCUGCCCCCCAGCGUGGCGUGGAGGCCUGGGGAGGGGGACGCCCUGCAAAGCGAUGCCGCAGCCCCCCAAGAGCCUUGGGCGUCCCCGCCUCCCCCCAGCUCCUGAGACGGAGUCAAAAUUUGGGGUGGGUGGGGGGACAGAGCCACCCUCUGCCUUUGGGGACGCCCCGCUGCUGGGGUGGGGGGCUCGCCUGUCCCCCCCCCCCCCCCCCAUCCCCUGGCAGGGGGUGCAAAGGGGCUGUUUGGGAGCUGGGAAGGGGGUCUAGGACACCUUGGCAUGUGGGGGGGGGGGUUAGGAUGGAAGUGGGGGGGGUGAAGUGGAGGUAGGGAGAGGGGGCACACGGAGGGAGAGCGGGGUGGGGGUGGAU